CAGCGGAACAGACCUGGGGCCCCAGCUCUGGGGCUUGGGCGUCGCUGCCUUGGCGCGUGGAGCCACGGAGCCCUGCAGGAACGACAGGCUGGCCCCGCCAGUCAGCACAGGCAGCCGGCGAGCAGGCAGGUGGAGCUCUCGCCCCGCGCCAGCCCCUCUGUGGUCUCAGCAACCGUUUGCAUUUCCUGAAACCGGAUCUCGGUGUCAGAGCCACCGUGGGCGGGCGCCUCAGCCAUGGCCCUGCGAAAGGAGCUGCUGAAGUCCAUCUGGUACGCCUUCACCGCGCUGGACGUGGAGAAGAGCGGCAAGGUCUCCAAGUCCCAGCUCAAGGUGCUGUCCCACAACCUGUACACGGUCCUGCACAUCCCCCACGACCCCGUGGCUCUGGAGGAGCACUUCCGCGACGACGACGAUGGCCCGGUGUCCAGCCAGGGAUACAUGCCCUACCUCAACAAGUACAUCCUGGACAAGGUGGAGGAGGGGGCUUUUGUUAAGGAGCACUUUGAUGAGCUGUGCUGGACCCUGACGGCCAAGAAGAACUACCGGGCGGGUAGCAACGGGAACAGCAUGCUCUCCAAUCAGGAUGCCUUCCGCCUCUGGUGCCUCUUCAACUUCCUGUCUGAGGACAAGUACCCUCUGAUCAUGGUUCCCGAUGAGGUGGAGUACCUGCUGAAGAAGGUGCUCAGCAGCAUGAGCUUGGAGGUGAGCUUGGCGGAGCUGGAGGAGCUGCUGGCCCAGGAGGCCCAGGCAGCCCAGACCACCGGGGGGCUCAGCGUCUGGCAGUUCCUGGAGCUCUUCAACUCCGGCCGCUGUCUUCGCGGCGUGGGGCGGGACACCCUCAGCAUGGCCAUCCACGAGGUCUACCAGGAGCUCAUCCAAGACGUCCUGAAGCAGGGCUACCUGUGGAAGCGAGGGCACCUGAGGAGGAACUGGGCGGAACGCUGGUUCCAGCUGCAGCCCAGCUGCCUCUGCUAUUUUGGGAGUGAAGAGUGCAAGGAGAAAAGGGGCACCAUCCCACUGGACGGGCAGUGCUGCGUGGAGGUGCUGCCUGACCGCGAGGGAAAGCGCUGCAUGUUCUGCGUGAAGACGGCCUCCCGCACGUACGAGAUGAGCGCCUCGGACACGCGCCAGCGCCAGGAGUGGACCGCUGCCAUUCAGAUGGCCAUCCGGCUGCAGGCCGAGGGGAAGACAUCGCUGCACAAGGACCUGAAGCAGAAGCGGCGCGAGCAGCGGGAGCAGCGGGAGCGGCGCCGGGCCGCCAAGGAGGAGGAGCUGCUGCGGUUGCAGCAGCUGCAGGAGGAGAAGGAGCGGAAGCUGCAGGAGCUGGAGCUGCUGCAGGAGGCGCAGCGGCAGGCGGAGCGCCUGCUGCAGGAGGAGGAGGCGCGGCGCCGCAGCCAGCACCAGGAGCUGCAGCAGGCGCUGGAGGGCCAGCUGCGCGAGGCCGAGCAGGCCCGGGCAUCCAUGCAGGCUGAGAUGGAGCUGAAGGAGGAGGAGGCUGCCCGGCAGCGGCAGCGCAUCGAGGAGCUGGAGGACAUGCAGCAGAAGCUGCAGGAGGCUCUGCAACUGGAGGUGAAAGCUCGGCGGGACGAGGAGGCCGUGCGCCUGGCCCAGACCAGGCUGCUGGAGGAGGAGGAGGAGAAGCUGAAGCGGCUGAUGCGGAUGAAGGAGGACCAGGAGCGCUACAUCGAGCAGGCGCAGCAGGAGAAGCAGGAGCUGCAGCAGGAGAUGGCCCUGCAGAGCCGCUCCCUGCAGCUGGCCCAGCAGCAGCUGGAGGAGGUGCGGCAGAACCGGCAGAGGGCGGAUGAGGACGUGGAGGCCGCCAAGCGGAAGUUGCGCCAGGCCAGCACCAACGUGAGACACUGGAAUGUCCAGAUGAACAGGCUCAUGCAUCCAAUUGAACCUGGAGACAAGCGUCCCACCACCAGCAGCUCCUUCACGGGCUUCCAGCCCCCUCUCCUUGCCCGCCGCGACUCCUCCCUGAAGCGCCUGACCCGCUGGGGAUCCCAGGGCAGCAGGACCGCCUCACCCAGCACCAGUGAGCAGCAGAAGUCCCUCAACGGUGGGGAUGAGGCUCCCAUCUCGGCUUCCAGCCCUCAGGAAGAUAAACUGGACCCAGAACCAGAAAACUAGCCUUUGCUAGCCUCUUUCCCCCCAACCUCAUGCCCACCAGGACCUGCCACAGCUGGCCUGUGGGUGACACUGGCCCCUGCAAAGAGGGAGCUGAGGACCUGGUGUCAGGGGCCGAGGCCCUCCAACCACGAAACAAUCCGGAAUGGAACCUAGUUUAUUUUUGCCAUCAGCCCCAGGCCCCAGGCCACUAAGGCUGCCUGGGAUGUUGAUCCUUGAGAACUUGAUCCUGUGCCUUAACCCCAAGGAUCCUAGGCCCUGGGCUGGAAAAGAGUAAACAAACAAGCCAGGGGCCAUGAGCCCCAGACUGCCACCAAGUUGUGGAGGCACAUUUCCAAAUAAAAACUUCUUGGAGUGAA